CAUUUGACAUUUUAUUUGAUAAAAGCUUUAUUUACGUAAUUCGGCUAUUAAUUUCGUCUCGUGUUGAUUCUUCCAAGUUUUACAGGAAUGAAGAAAGUGUGUGCUACAGCCAGCGACCCCACUGUUCCUUCCCCCCGCAUUCCUGUAACUGACCAUGCUACCUCGGAGACUAAACUUUUACGCCCGUCAAGUGUGAAUGUCAAGCGUUCAGGAGUAACGAAGGGCGUUAAGGAUGGCGGCGAGCAACGCCCUCGUAAAGUAUAUAAGAACCAAUCUCCACAAUCUUCUGGCGACGCCGAGCCGAAUGCAGCGUGGCGUACGGAGAUGCGACGCGGCACGCAUGCGCUGCGGGACGUGAAGAAACACCUUGCGGAUUUACACCAGAAAGCUCUAUCAGGCACUUGGGGCGCCGAAGAAGUCCGCGCAGCGACAGCCCGGGCCGCACAACUCUUACGCGAAGCCGAGAGGCUUCAAAGAAGGGCCGCUGAGCUUCAUACCAACAGUGACCCGGCCUCUCGGAGUCCUGAUCGAGUGGCUAGAAGCCCUAACCGUCCUAGGAGUCCAGACUUUGACCGACACCGGCAGUGCCCGUGCCCGGAAGGGUAUCAACCAGGAGAUGCUUAUGAACCACCAUUGGUCCACGAGCUCCGUAUGGUCCCUCCAAGCGCUCUGCUAGCGCCAGCGAUGAAGCCUCCGCCGUCUUGCGGCCCCGGCUCUUUGAGAAGCAAGUCCGAGUUGGAGCUCUCGCGCCGCCUCAGUGAGAGUCUGGACAUGCAGGAACGAUUGGCCGCUGACAAUGCAGAUCUUGACGUCAAAAGGUACAUUCUGUAUAAGGAGUUGAUGGUGAAAGAACAGAGGUUGGAGACGGCGCGAGCGCAGGCGGCACGGCUGCAAGCGGAACUGAAAUUGUUGGCCAGGGACAAUGCUAGGUUGCAGGCUGCAGUUAGUGCUCAAUCCAAUUCUGAGAUACCUCAGCAACUACAGGAACCAGAACAGGACGUUCAGGAUAACACGGCCAGCGGCGAACCGGCAGAGAAUUACAACGAACUAGUUAAACAGCUAAGCGAGUUAGAGGAGCAAGUGCGGGUGGUACAAGAGAUGGCGACCACCAAACACGCUGGUGACCUCUGCGGCGGCAGGCCUUGUGCGGGCGGCGGCGGGGUCAACAUUUGCUAUGAACCGCAGGCGGGUAUGCCACCAAUGCCACCAACGCAACGUGAUUGCCACAAAUGCCCUCCGUGUCCCGCCUCCUGCAACCCAGAUGCAGCACCGACACCGGCAGAAAAAGAACUUAAGCAACUCAAAGAGAAGUUUCAAAAGACUGAAGAUGAAUGCAAGUACUACAUAGCAGAGUGCACACUGCUCCGCUCCGAGGUGCUAACGCGGAAGGAUGAGGCGGAGAAGGAGCGGUGCAUCGCCCGCGAGGCUAAAGAUAAACUGAGGCAGCUGGAGAUGAAAUUUGAAGGUCUGAGACCUAAGACCAACAUGCAGGGACCGGCGGAGAAGGCCUUUGAGACCGAAGUGAACGUGUCGCACCUCAGGUAUCUGCUCCGCGAGGCAAAUGGUGAGAUUGACCAGCAAGUCGCCCUGAUAACGGAGAUGGAGAAACAGCUUCAGGACUAUCGUGUGAAGUACCUUCAAGCUCAGCAGCUAGCGGAGGAGCAGACGAGGCAGCUGGCGGCGUUAGACGCCGAUAACGUCCGCAUAUCAGAACAGAUCAACUUUGAGAUCCAGCGCGUCAAGAUCAAGUUCCAAGAGAAACUCCAGGAGCUGACACCUCUACCCAAGCUGCUUCAAGCCACACACAGUCAGCUGCGAGACGCCCAGCAACAGCAAGCUCUUGCUGAACAUAGGGCCGAGCAGCUGGCCAGGGAGCUCAUAUGUGCCAGAGAUAAGAUUUCUGUCUUGGAGUAUAAAAUGAAACAGCCGACGGGACAGCCUCAGGGAGGAGACCGCGUGGCUGAAGGCAAACUCCUGGCCGCCACGCAGCAGCGGGUCUCGCAGCUCGCGGAUGAAAACAACAAGUUGAAAGCCGAACUGGAAAGAACCAAGAAUAGCGUCAUCCGUCUCGAAGAGUCUCUGGUUGCCUGUGGCAACCGGUUCCAGGAGAGGAUUAAUGAGAACCAGAAACUGCUGGGCGAACAGCAGAAGAUAAAAGAGGAAGCGGAGAGGGCCAUCGCUCGCGCCAACCAGCGGACUGAAACUGUUCGGAAAUGCAUGCAGACGACCAUCGCAGAGCUUGAGAGGCAACUUGCCGCAAGCAGGGCGAAGGUGGCGGUCGCAGACAGGGAAAGGGAAGAGCUCCGCCUUAACAUGGAGACCCAAGUUGCCCGGCUCCAGGACAACUGCGAGAUGGCGCACCGGCGCGUGCGCGGGCUCGCCGGGCAGGUUGCCAACCUGCACAAGGUCGCGCCGGACCCGGAGACGGCGCCGGACAACCGGCAGCCGUGCCUGUGCAAAGACUACAUGGAGACCCUUGCUCCAGAAGAUACAAAAUAAAUUUAGAUGUAUUUUAAUCACUAA